UCUUGUCUUCUCCGUGUGAUACUACCUACCAUCUCUAAUUCUCUGAAACUGUGCUGUAGCAUAAACACUAAGUUGUCUCCUGUCUAAUUUUCUGAAGUUUUCAUUAUCAUAAACCAAGAGUUACCUUUCAGUAUCACAGGACCACUCAAUAUUCUGACAUGUCCAUAAGUAAACACACUUCUAAAUCGAAUAAUAUCUCCACCAUUAGCGACAGUGAUUCGUUGGAAAAGAUCAAAGGAGCUCUUCAACAGUCUGAGCUCAUAGUUGGGUUUGAUUUUACACAAACCAACGAGCAGACAGGUAAAAUAUCAUUCGGAGGCAACAACUUGCAUCAAAUUAGAGACGGUAUCCAAAACCCCUACGAAGACGUAAUAUCUGUUUUAGGAAGAGGGACAAAAUCUCCUUUCGACAAGGAUAAGCCAGUGUUCUGUUUCGGAUUCGGUGAUUCAAAAACACGUGAUGUGAGUGUAUUCAGCUUCAAUCCAGGGAAUAAACCCUGUCUUGGGUUUGACGAGGCAUUAUCUCGAUACAGACAGAUAGUGCCAGAUCUACUACUCGCAGAACACAAGACCUUCGCGCCUAUUAUUAAUAUGGCUAUUGAAAUAGUCAACAAGAAUCACGGCAAGCAACAUGUGUUGGUGAUAAUUUCUAAUGGGCCGGCGUAUAGGUGUAAAUAUACUGAUCAUGGCCAGCUAAGCUCCUAUGAGAAAAAUACCGUAGAAGCGAUUAAGAAUGCAAGAAAGUACCCGUUGUCAAUCAUCUUUAUUGGAGUCGGGGAUAUGAGUGGGGACAUGAUGAGGUUCUUUGAGAACAAUAUUUCUCGCCAGGACUUUGAAAAAAUCCAAAUUGUGAACUACAAUGGAAUUAUGUCAAAGGAUGUGCCCCGGUCCAGUAAAGAGAUGGAUUUUAUUCUUACAGCCAUGAAAAAACUCCCUUUUCCUGUUAAGGUGAUUGGGGGUAAAUGAUGAACUGAACUGCGUGACGAAUCCUUGGCAGAAGUGCUUUGGUGAUGGACAAGAGCAUAGCUUGAGAAGUAGUGCAGUUAUGAGAUCUGUAUAAUGGUUUUGUCUGUUCAUUUAUUCCUUCUAUUGUUUGUACAAAGUGCUUGUUGGAAUAUCCCCAAACCACGAGGGGUAAGAUUUGCAAUUUGAUAUAUUGGACAGUCCAUUUAUUGUAAGGCAAUCCAUUUUUACAGUCGAUAAUUUAGAAGCAGCUGACUAGUAUUAGAAUUUGUCUAUAUACCAAAUCUUUGUUUCUUUCGGUGUGUAUCCUUUGUUUUACUUUCCAGUUGCACCAUAUUUUCAUCUUUGAU